AGUGAGUGUUUGCGUCGGGACGGGGGCACGGAACUGCGGCAGGGUCGACGAAUAAUUGAAGAUGAAGGGAGAAAAUGGAAAUUGAACAGCGGUUUUUAGAAUCUUAGCGGUAGCUCUAUUGCCUGUGGCCUCAUUGAAAGGUGAAUUUUAUAUGAGGCCCUGCGGAGGACGUGUUUUAAUCGCAGUGAGGUAGCGAAUGUAGGAAGAGUUGGGGAGGGCUGUAGCUGCUGGGGUUUUUUUUGGAGAGGGAAAACAACAUGGCGGCGGUGGAGCUCGAAUGGAUCCCAGAAACACUGUACAACACAGCUAUCUCUGCUGUGGUGGACAACUACAGCCGGUCAAGAAGGGACAUACGCUCGCUGCCAGAAAAUAUACAAUUUGAUGUCUAUUAUAAGGUAAGACACAACAGUCAGUGGCUUCAGGUGUAUCCGACAGCAGCUGUUAGGGUUUCUGUAAUCAGCUGCUAACACUGAUGCUAACGUUAGCAAAAUUCUCGUAACGGUGCGCUAACUUAAGGCACUAACUACUCUCUACAAUCACCCUAACGUCCUCUAGCUUACACUGCUUCUUAUAUUUCCAACCUACACAUUUCAAUUACACAAUUUAUUACAGAUCUUUUGUUGAUUCAGCUUGAUGCUUUGAUUCGGCAGCCAGUGGUGUAUCCAAAGGGGUGGCCAGGGAUGCCGUGGUCUCCUAUUGAAAUGUUACUCAAGUCUAACCUCUGGUUUCCCCCCGAAAUCCCCAAGUAUGGUUGAAUGUAUUUAAUCAGAGUCAGGGCUUAUGUUGAGUAAAACAUUUAGACUAUGUUACCUUAGGUUAGUCGUAUUCGUUGCAUUUAUCUAUGUCAUUAAACACAAUUAACCCUUAUACUGUGUUAGUCCUUAGGGUACCUAUACAGAAGCUUUUCAUGAUUUGCAGCUCAGCUGUUCCUUUUGUUAAAUUAGUGCCAGUGAAAAUCUUCAUUCCAGCACUACUCAGCCUGAAACACUUCAUUUUGACUGCUUUACCAGCAAUAUAAUUAUACGUGCUGCCUUUGUAAGUUAUUAAUUUUCUUGUCUUGGUGCAUCAUACGGACACUUUGACUUGGAAACUGUGAAACAUACUGGCCAUGCUGGACAGGAGAAUAAACAUGUAAUUCUUUCCAUUCUUGUUCACUGAGCAAAACGCUUGACAGCUCUUUUCUAUAAAUUGCUUAUUUUCAAUCUGGUCUCUCUACUCUUUCUGUUGUAGGUGGAAUUGAUUCAUAUUCUUGACCUGCAGUAAGAAAGUAGUAUUACGUUUGAUAAUACAUUCAGCCUAAAAGUGAUCUGUAAGUUUAUACCAGAAAGAAAGUGUAGUGUAUCCUAGAAAAUAUGCAAAAACUGUUACACUCAUAAUUCAUCUAUACUUGUGUGUUCCAUCUUUUAAAGGUCAAUUCAGGAAACAACAACAUAAAACAUUGAUUCACUGAUUGUAAAAAUAGGAACUUCACUGGCUUGAUUCUUAUCCUUCAUAUCUGUCUGUAGGGAAUGUUUUUGCCAAUUAGUUUUGUUCCUCCAUUUUUAAGUAGUUUCCAUUAGGCACGUAAACUGACUUGUGUUGAAAGAUCAGAGCUUUGUAUUUGUCAGAGACAGUAAAUAUAAAAAAGAUGAACUUGAAUACAUAAUUCCAUUCCCUAUGACCCACAUAAAAUGGUACAUGAAGCAAAAACAGGGCUCCUUUGAGUACCAGCUGGGCCAUAUCCUGUAUUUUGGAAAUGCUGAGAUCAUAAGUACAGCUCUCUUCAGAUAUUCCAUCUGCUCCUUUGACAUCAUUAUAAAUAAAUGCAUCCAUAUAUGGUUAUAGACACUGUAUGUUUCCAGUUGUCUAGUGGUAUUUGUUAUGUACAGUAGGGUUUAGCUAAGUUAAAUUUCACUGCCUCUAGCAGGAUAGUGUGUCUUCCUGCAGCGUUCAGCUAACUAGUGCCAGCUCUGAUGGCUUGCUUGGUGGAAUCAAUUCUUUGUUCCAUUUUAGUGUGCGCUGUGGGGAUAGAACAAUUGUGUAUUGUGUGAUUAUAAUCUGAGGUAUAAUCACAGUUUCUCAAUUACCACAGUUAUUAUGCAUUAAUUACCUGAGAUUUCACAAUACCGCUCAUAUAUAAAACCACAGAAAUGGUCUUUGGAAAUAUUUAUGUAGUAUACUGCUGCGUUCUGAAACAAAAAUAGCAGUGUAAUAGAAAAAUAGUCGGAACACAGUAGAACACAUCUAGUUUGUUGUUCCACUUAAACUGAGAGCAUUCAUAGUAAUACUGUAUCAUAGAAAAAUAAGAGUAAACAGUCAUUUUCCCAUUGGAUUACAGUCUGAUAGUGAUGAUUAUAUGGGUGGGAAUCACCAGUGGCGCCGUGAUACGGUUUUAUCAUUAUACUUGGGCCAGGAUACGAUAUCAUCGCAAUUUUUAACAUUUUGCAAUACACUGAGUAUUGUGACACAAUACAUUGCGAUUUAUACAAAUUUUUUUCAACUGUUUAGCUAAUUUAACAUUUGUUUUUCCUUUAUGUUUGUCUUAUUUACACAGUGUUUUAUUUUCAAACUUUAUAUGUCAGGUUCAUCUCCUGUUUACAUUCCUAACUGGACAAACAAUUGAUUUUAUUUUUCCAUUGUCAUAGAUUUGGCUUCAUAUUAACAAUGCAUUUGAAAAAAUCAGUACUUGGUCAAUGAGAUGAUACGAUAUAUCACCAGACAAAAUAUUGCGAUGCUCUAUCGAGUUUUUUCUCCCAUCCCUAGAUGAUAAUAUGAAAGUUAAGAGUGGACAGUGGCCCUGAGAAGGCUACAGUGAUGAAGGACAUGACCUCUACACCCAUAUGGGUGAUCAUUGCUCUGGUCACUAGUAGUAAAUCCAAAACCUGAAAAGACAUAGAGUACCUCUCUACAAGCAGUGUUUAUCCAGACACACUAUGACACAGUGUGUCUUUUUCAAAGGAGUGAGUGAGUUCAUAUAGUGAGGGACUAUAUGAACUCACUCACUCCUUUGAAAAAGUCCCUGUCACUGCCUUUAAACUCAGUGAGUUUAUGAGUGAUCGCUUUUGUUCCUGUGGAUGCUUCGGUUUGUUUCUCGCUGUCUUUGGGUCUGAAUGUGAUGAACAAUACUGCCUCCUCUUAAUCCCCCAAAUUGCAGUGUGGUACUUUAAACAGGUGUUUCCAGUUAUUUUGGCCUAGUUCUGUCAUCACACUGAAAAGUGCUGAGACACUUUUAUGUAAUUUUCACUGACAUUUAUGGCAACAGUGGAAGACUUUGUGAAAUGAAAUGCUCCUUUUACCGAGGAGAUGCUGGUUUUCAUGCGUUUAAUUUUGAUUCGUCAAGCCGGUUUGUGUUAAACCAUUUCUUGUUUUCUGGUGGUAAAAACAGUGAUAUUUAUUACGUAAGACUCAAAAAGUCAGCUCCCAGUUUUUUUUCAAAGCCCAAGACGAGCUCGCUCGCCCUCUCUCUGUAUAAAAUUGCAUUUAGCCAGAUGGUUGACAUCAUUAGAAGGUAAAUCAGAGGAGAGUUUGUGUUCUAGUGUACAUACACAUAGGUAGAGUGGGAGGUGAAGUCGGUUACCUUUACUGUGACCCCUGUCAAACAGGAAAUGAGCGUAAGAUGAGCUCACUGAAUGUGUUUCUGACCUACAUUUACCCAUUUCUGUGCGACUGCCACAUGUCUGUCCUGUCAUUGUGAUUAUGAAGGCGUAAGUACAACAGUUGCACCAUACAUGUAACACACAGUUAUGUCACAAAAAUGAAAUACCAGCUCAAUGAAGGCUUUGUUGCAUUCUGUAUUUGAGAUGUUCAUUUGCUCCUUAAAAAGCACUCACAAUGUCCCAGGCUUAACUUUGCAAUUUUUGUCUCUUUAUGGUGUUGUCUUGUUAGGAAGAGAAUCAAUCGAAGCUGUCAGAAUUACAAUCUACUGCUGUAUCCACACGUGCACAGCACUCCUAAAAAGUAGGAUGCACUUAGUUUCCACUCUGACUUAUUCAGCUCCCACUUGGGUGGGGCCAGCGUAUGCAUGCAAGUGUUGGACCCCAUUCACACCUUGUGCUCACAUCAGAUCUAGGUGAUCGGAUUACAAGAGGGGAGACUUAACUGCCGGAGCAAACCAGGGAUGUGUUUUAAGUAAUGGUACAAUGACUCAGAGGUGUUGCAAUGAUAAGAAAUUUGAGGGCAGUUGGAUGGGCGCUUUGUUUUGGCAUGUUCCAGUUGCAAAAGCAGCUGCCAGCUAUAGUGUCGCCAGCCACGCACUGCAGUUAUUUCCUAAUUCAAAAUGGUGAGUUAUAGUUAUAAUAUAAUGAGUGCUGUCCCAAUGCGAUAUUGAUAUCUGAUAUCGGUCCUGUAUCAGCUAAAAAACAAUUAUCGGAUUAUAUUGGCCUUGCCUGCAUCUAAAAUCUCUGAUAUCAGCACUCUGGUACAAGCAGUCCAUUCCAGACUCCACUUCGGCACCUUUAGCAAGCAGCGCCCGGAUCCAGCAUGCUGAAUCCACGUGAUCACAACAACAGUGUGUACUAAGGUACUAACAAAGUAGCAAGGAUUAAGAGUGAUGUUGGCUGUGUGGCAGUAUUUGUUGUUAAAUUCUGAAAACUACAUUGCAUCAAGUGAAAAACUUGUCAUGCAAAAGUUUGUGCCAAUAUUGGAUCAAUAUUGGUUUUGGCCAGUACUGAAGGCUACAAUAUCAGUAUCGUAUCGUAAGUAAAACAGUUGUAUCCAGACACCCCUAAUUAUAAUGAUCUUGUUAUUCGUCUGUAGUUUGUCUUGACUCUCUUCUUCACUCACAGGCCACUGACAUGAGGUUAUGAGUGUAACCAAGACACGCUAUGUCUAUCACUCUGAAAAUUCCUUAAAACUCUUCAUUGUGCUCCUGUAGAGGAUGAUGUUUCAAAAAAAAAAAAAAAAUUUUUUAAAAUAGGAUCCAGUUGGCUUUUUGAUCACAAUGAAACUAAGCUAAAUCUUGUUACAGCUGGGUAUUGACCAGAAUCUCUCAUUUCAAGAUUGUGAUACUUUGGGUCUUAAUUCCAUUCAGUGAUUCAGUAUUAAUCAGUAUCAAUAAUCAGUACGUUUUGAUAUGAAUUCAGUAACAUGCACAGAUGACAAAAAUACACAGAUCAUUAAUGACAGAAUCGUCUAUUAUUUGUUCAAUAGAAAUGUUCAUUUCCUCUCAUUUUUUAAUACUCUGUUGACACAUAGUUUAGUGGUAGUAGUGUUGUUGUAAAGGCAAAAAACUGCCACCACAGAGUUGUGCCAUCGCCUGCCAUCUGUCACAUCUUGUAAAUAUUACUCAGUGAUUACCACAGCGUCCUUUUCACGUCAUGACCUGCCUACUGAGACUCAUGCACCCCAUCAAACAGGGAGGACUUGGUGCUUUGUUGGAAAAAGCAACUCUGGAAAAUUUGUGGAGUCUGGCUGCCCUGAAAUUUUCUAGAUAUUUUCAAGAGCGUAAAAAGGGUGGAGAGGUUAUUGUGAGAGUUGUUGGGUGCUGUCAGAGGCUUUCUAAUGCCAGGCUUGAUAACGUAUUUACAUUGAGUGUCACUGUGUUGCCUUUUAAUAUCAAAGGUUUUAUUAAAAGUUGAAAAAAAAACACCAGUUUGAAACACAAAUAGGGGAAGUGCAGUGUCUGCAUUUUGAAGGAUCUUCUUCAUUAUUUCCAGGAAGUGAGUCUAAAACCAAAGUAAUAUACAAACUAAAAUCUCAGCCAGCAGGUAACUUUGAGUGAAAAGUCUGAAGAUCAAAAACGGUCUGGUAAACCAUCUUGAAAAGAACAGCACGGUAUAUUUGUAAAUGGUUUCUGUAUCAACCUUGAGGUAGUAGAUGAAGACUGAUGGACCACUCAUGUUUUGAAAUAAGCCUUCACCUUUUGAUUCUCAAAAAUGGCUGGCAAGAGAAUUGUCAUAUCAGUUUAUUCAGAAGUCGUUGAGGCCAACAGUCCCCCUCCACAGACAUCACUAUGGAGAGCAACUGAACACAACACCUUCCAGCUGAGUGCAUUUUGAUGACAGGCUAGACAACAGCAGAUUUUUUGUUCUAGCUGAACAACAGGCAGCAUUUUUAAGCUAUCUAAAACAUGAAUAACAAAAUCUAGAUUAUAAAAAGGACUAACUGUCUGCAUGACAAAGAAGACAAGUAUGUGACGUGCAAUUACCUGGUUCAAUAUUUCAACUCCAAUAUACUGUAUAUGUGAAAGAUCUUUCGACACUGGAGAUGGUCCACAUUACGCUCCUGCUAACAGAAGCUUUGAAAUGUUAUCAUCAUCAGUGAGUGUCCAUCCUCACCUCAUCUCUUCAUCUCUGUGUGUCUUUCAGCUUUACCAGCAGGGCCGGCUCUGUCAGCUGGGAGGAGAGUUCUGUGAGCUGGAGGUGUUUGCUAAAGUGCUGCGGGCUUCAGACAAAAGGUAAGUACACAAUGAAACUCUACCUGAAACCUUACACCAGCCUCUCAUUGGUGGCCUUCCACGGGGGGUUUGGAUACUGUACACACUUAUUUCAGUUUAUUAUAUGAGUGUAGGGCUGGGCGAUAAACCGAAAAUUUACGAUACUGAAAGAGGGAAAGACAGGUGAGGAGAUGGAGGACGGUUCAAAAGUUGUAGCGACUGGAGCGGCGGCUGAAGUAGAUGAAGUUAAUGUUGGAGGGGGUGAACAGCUUGUGGAGUAGUUAUCAUCCAUUUAUCAUUAUCAAGGUGAACUGCUCAAUGUAUUAUGAUAUUGACUUGGGGCCAUAUUGCCCAGCCCUAUACGAGCAUGUUAAACAUUGUGGCCUGCAAGCUUGAUUUAAUGAACAGCGGGUGCUAGUGUUUCAUAUGGUUUACUUUAUGUACGGUCCUAAGCCACCACGUUUUUUAAGGCUUCAUCAGACCUAGAUCACCAGGAGGCACACUGCAGUGUAGAUAUGGACACUGAUGCCAUCCUAUUACUUCCUGCAUUUGGAUCAGCUUUGGGAUUGAACCAAAUGAAGUAGCCAGUCAGGAGGAGAGUCACGGUGUAUUUAUUCUCCUCUUUAACCUCAACUACAAUAUGAAAUGCGUGGAGGUCUGAAGGUGGAGCAAAGCUGUUUCACCUCUGACUGGCCCUACGAGGCAGAACAGGGAUUAAAAUAAAAGGAAGAUGGAGGUGUCAGAGCCAGCAGGGUGGAGCAGUGCUGUGUUUAUUCAAAUGUUUGUGUGUGGUUAAUAGAGGUGCAACAGAUCACAAAUCUGUCAGUUCAGAUUGGUUUAAGGUUGAAGGACUUGUUUCAGUUCAUUGAUCGACCAAAAUGAGAGAUUUCUGUAAACUCCUGUAAGCCAUGACUCUAACUUUGGAUUUCAAGAAACAAGAAAUCACUGGGCAGUCACAGAUGCUCUUAUUGACUCACUAUUUAACAAGAGUGUUGAAAAUCAUACUCAACAAAGAGAGUCACUUUGCUCUUAGAUUAAACUAUUUCAAACUUUAACCUAAUAUAAAAGGUAGAUCACUUGACCCAAAUCAAGAAACAACUCAGCAUCUAGUCAUCUCCUGUGAGUGUGAGUCUGUGUGUGUGUGAUCCAGCUGUGUGGUCUGUGGGUCAUGUGAAGUGUCAUUGUACCUGUUCUGUAUCUCAGUGAAUUAGGUGCCUGUUUACUCCUUAUGCUUGGAGACUUUUGACAAACGUAAUAUUUGUUGAGUGCUGCUUUGUCUCUGCCUGCCAGCUCAGAGGAUCCACACAUUGCAGUGUAUGUUUAUACCAGUGAAGAGUGGAGCUGUCUGUUUAAGUUCUUCAACAAUAAAUGUCUACAUGUCGGCAUGCUGGGAAAGCUUUUUAUGCAGACUUUGUAAUGAACUCACACUGUUGUGGGGUUAAAUGUGUAAGGUAUAAUGCAUAAUGAUGGCAGAAUUGCAGUUUACAAGAGGCUGGAAACUCGAUGGGAGAAAAUAUUUGAGUCUGGGAUUAGUAGACAUAGUUUGCUCUUGAAUGCGAGAGAAGUUGAUUGCAAAAACAGAGCUCCUCAUCAAGGAUGGACUGGCCGCUGCGUGGUCAUUGUUUCUGUGAGCAGAUAAGAUUAGUAUACCUCCGAUAUCUGGAUAUCCCGUUAAUAAACAGAGUGAUAGAGAGAAAAUUGGCUUUUAAAUCUUUACCCUGCACUGCUGAAAGAGAAAACAGGUCGUUAGUUUCCAUGCAAAAAAAUCCAGGUACUGAUCACAGCUUACAGGUCACCAUACUGCUGGCUAGCAACAGUAACAGGAAAGUCGAUCCACACGCUAUUCCUGUUAAAACCAUAUAAAUGAAGGUGUUCGGUACAUGAUAGUGUUUUGUUUAUCAAAAUGAAAAGUUAAACUUCAGGAGUUUUGCUCGACAGGAAUAAACACAUGAUCCUCCACUUAAACUCAACAUUUAAAAUCAUGUUCUUGUUAGAAUACUGCUUUACAUUUCAAACCACGAUUGAUGAUCCUCCAGAAGUGUCAUUUGUGUCCUCCUGUAUAUUGUUGUGGUCUGCAGAGAAGACAGUAACAGUAAACACUGGCGUUAUCUUUCACUCAGGAACGUUUAAUCUGUGAUGUCACUGUUAAGGACUGGCGACUGUAGGCUCAAACAUGACCACAAAUAUUUAAUGAUUACUUUUAAAAAACCACUCGAUGCAUUCCUCUGACAUAAGCCUCCCCUCUGUCCUCUCCUUUGCAGACACCUCCUGCACCACUGCUUUCAGGCCUUGAUGGACCAUGGUGUGAAAGUGGCCUCAGUCCUGGCAAACUCCUUCAGCCGCAGAUGCUCAUACAUCGCAGAGUCAGAUGCCCACGUCAAAGAGAAGGCCAUCCAGUUUGGUUUUGUGCUAGGUAAGUUAUAGGGAAGGAGGAUGAGAGUCUCAUACAUACUUAGUGAAAGAGAAACAGUGGAGACGCUGUUCAUGCCACUGAUUAGGAAAAUUACAUCAGCGAUCAGAGAUAAGCCAGUUGAUUGUGUGUGGUCUACAUUGAUUUUCAAGGUUUAACUGCGUCCAAUUCAUUAUUAUUAUUAACUACAUGCUUUAGUCAGAUGGAACGAUACGCUCACUGAUGCUCGGUUCAUUGGAGGAUUUUUUCUUCAUGAACACUGUUUUUGUUUGAGCAUUACAUAACACACUGUGUCAUACAAAUUACUCGCUGUGCUUCUAUGCUUCAUUCUUUGAUUGGUUUACUUCCUUUUUAAAUAAAAAAAAUAUUCUUUUAAUAAUGAAUGGAUGGAAAAUGCAUCAUAACAACAGCUGUGUAGUAGCAAUGUCCUUGUGGUCCAUCUUUCUUCAAACAGAUUAUCUAUUUAUUUAACAAUUGACAAGAACAAUGCCAAUCUUUUAUGGAUUCAAAAGAAAACUAUGAGGAUGAAGGUCAAAUAUCCUUUAGUGAGCGGCCCAAAUAUUGUCUGUGUGAGGGAAACACUGGCAGCGCAAACUGGACUGCAAACUCUUGAUCUCUUUCUGCUAGGGAUGUGCGCGGUUAUUUGGAUAUUUGUGUAAACAGGGCUGUCCCUGCUAUCCGUUAAGUAAAUAAUAUUCGUUUAUUCUAUUAAAAAAAAAAAAAAAAGGGAAAAAAACAGAAAAAAGCGAAAAUAUAAAUGUGUGGAUAAUUUGCGUGCGACUCUUUCUGCCUGGCUCGCUGCUCUGGGCUCGCAGCGCUGGCCUGCAGCAUCCAUGGCAUCGUGGGUUAACUUCCUCAGAGCGAAUCAACACAUGCGAUCAGCCAGAGCGAUGUCAGUGAGAAAAAGAGCAAAGUUUAAGUCUAGUUUAGAAAAUAAACGUUGUUGAACGUGAUGUUGUCUGACUCGAAAGACUCUUCAUUUUGUGCUUAAGGUGUGAGGCAGGCCGAUGACGCAGCAGGCUGCUUGGCUUGAGCGCAGCAUGACAUACUUUAUGUCAUUCUCCAGCGCUAAAAUAAGAUUCUGUAACAUAUUUUAAUACUAAAAGCAUGGCUUUUAUGUACUCUUGAUAUUUAUUUCAGAUGAUAUCUGGCCAUAUAGAUCGACAUGUGCUCAAUUUGGGCUAUUUUCUGGGAGUUAAUUAAUUUUCGUGUAUUCGAAUAUUCGGUUUCAAAAUGGUCGUUUAAACGUCAGUGAAAUUAACCGCUGGGAACAUCCCUAGUUUCUGCCGUGUCAGUACACCUUCACUUAGCUAAAGACAUAAAAGAGUCAAGACACCCAACAAAAGAAGUCAAAGGCAGACACUGCCCUCCUCCCCUCCCUUCACCAAAUUCUUCUUACCUGAUUGGACACUCAGAUAUGUGCUGCUCCCAAACCAGGAUCUUGGCAAAAUUAUUAUAAUUUUUUCUUUUUCACCCAAAAAAUGAACCCAUAGUCUCUCUGCAGUAAAACCCGUCUGGUUUGAAAACAGUCAUGGAAACUGAUGUGUCGUCUUUUGUUUCCAGGUGGCUUUCUGUCUGAUGCAGGCUGGUAUGGAGAUGCAGAGAAAGUGUUUUUGUCGUGCCUGCAGCUGUGCACGCUCCACAGUGAGGUGCUCCACUGCUUCAGAGCUGUGGAGUGCUGUGUCAGGUCAGUCACAAAACUUUGCUUGCGUGGAAAUAUAGUGUAUUUAAUUUGCAUAUUUGAAAGCAUUAUAUUUAUCAUUAAAAGAAAUCGCAUUAGGAAACUAGGAAUGAAGAAUGUAAGCAUGACUCUUGUGGGUUUUUAGACAAAAAAUAAGUGAAGGCCUCCAUGGCAUUUAGUCAGUAAAUUACAGAAGACACACCUGACAUUUUUUGUCUCUCUUCUCUACAGGCUGCUUCAUGUCCGCAAUGGGAACUGUAAGUACCACCUGGGGGAGGAGACCUUCAAGCUCGCUCAGUCUUACAUGGACAAACUAGCCAAACAUGGCCACCAGGCCAACAAGGCAGCGCUUUACGGCGAGCUCUGUGCCUUGCUCUUCGCCAAAAGCCACUAUGAUGAGGUACAUUUGUUACAUCACCUGUGGAUGUUAUAUAUACAUAUAUAUAUAUAUAUAUAUGUUGUGAUGAAAUGCCCUAAAGGAAGAGUGAAUCAGUGCCUACCCUGACUUGGUUUCUUAGUGUAAUGUCACACUUUAAAGAUCUUUAAAAUCCCAACAACCUUUACACAAAAAGGUACAGAAUAAUUAAGCCAUUUUUGACUCAGAUAUAAACCCUUUAAACACACACGUGCUCCUAAUAUGUUGUAGAAGUGUUUAGGAAUCAGCCCUUACAUUUUCCAAAGCUGUUCAAUCACAUGUUUCUCACUGUUCCUAAUUUGAUUAAGUUUUGUUGGUGGUAAGCAGGACAUGACAUUAAAUGCUGACUGUGAAAGUCAGAUUCACAACUUGAAUGUUUCUGAAUAUUUGCUGUGGCACUUUUACUAUAUUGGCACAGAAUGCUUACCCUGUAAAAUUUCAGGAAGCUUUUGGUUUUUUUUUGUCUGGUAGCUACUAAACUAUGGUCAUAGAUUUGCAGGUGGUUAGUUUCCUUUAAAUCAAUAUGAAAAUGGACUUUGCAAAUGCAGUCCCCUGACAGAUCCAUUUACAGUGCUGUUUAAGAGCAUUGUGCUCCUGUUGGGUAAUGAUCCUGCCAGGCAUGGGUUGAGACUCUUUUCUCUGUAUUUUCAGGCAUACAGGUGGUGUAUAGAGGCUAUGAAGGAAAUUACUCCAGGGCUGCCUGUCAAAGUAGUGGUUGAUGUCCUCCGACAAGCCUCAAAGGUAACGAAAAUCACACAAUUUUAGCAGUUUUUAUAUGGGAUCUGCAGGAAACAAAUACAGAAUGUCUUCAUGAGGAUGUCCUUCCAACAGAUAAUUGUGUGAUCUGUGAUUUCAUUUUUUCUUCUGCAGGCCUGCGUGGUGAAGCGAGAGUUCCGAAAAGCAGAGCAGCUGAUCAAACAUGCAGUGUUUCUAGCAAGGUAGCAUGCUGUGUUUUUAGGACUCACUAUUUCUCCUAUUCCUCUUGUUGUCAUGAAUUCUGAUCGAGUGUUUUGUAUCUUCCAGAGAACAUUUUGGACACAAGCAUCCCAAGUACUCAGACACGCUGCUAGAUUAUGGAUUUUACUUAUUAAAUGUAGAUAACAUAUGCCAAUCAGUCGCUAUUUACCAGGUAUGUAGAGUGAUUUUAGACAUUUGAGCUUUCAAUUCCUGUUUUUAUAAAACCUCAGGGUGAGAUAUUGUCAGUGUAAAACUAAUAAAAAGUCUUUUUUUCCCAUAAAUUUCAGACAGCACUGGACAUCCGACAGUCUGUGUUUGGGGGAAAGAACAUUCAUGUCGCCACUGCCCAUGAAGACCUGGCCUACUCCUCCUACGUGCACCAGUACAGCUCUGGGAAAUUUGACAACGCUCUGUGAGUACAAUGAAUCUUACAAACUCUGAACUAUUUCUGGACCAGCAGCUAAUUUCAUUAGACAUAAAGCACAAGACUGUGACUCUCCACUGGGCUAGUCUGUGUUCUCUUAUUCCCUGUAAUGGCCGUUAUGCUAUGUAGCUGCAGGCUCUUUCAUUCACUAAAAUGUAUCCACUAUUUUCGACACAGUGACACAGCACAGUAACAGAUACAUAAGUAUAAAGGUUAGAAAUGAAUGAACAAAAUUGAUUUGAGAGUAAAAUGUAAAUUUGCAAGUACAAAUUAGAAAAUGUUAUCAAGAGAUUGAAAAUGUCGAGUGCAAAAGAGAAUUGAAAAAUAAUGAGACUGAGGUGCGAGUGUCAAGUGAGGGAAGAAAAAUGUAGUUAGGGGUGGAAAUCGUUAGUUAAUGUGAUUCAACAUGACAUGAUAUAUUGCGACACAGUUAAUACAGUCAAUUACACCAUAACACAGUAAUGAUAACAUCACGACUCAGUGAUUCUGUGAUAGCCAUGAGAUGCAAGACAGUCAUAUGAUAAUGACACCAUAACAUCUGAUUGGCUGAAGGAAAGGAGAUUCCCCUAAGAAGGAAACGUGCAGAAUAAGUGUUUGAAUUAGCUGUAUUUUGGUUUGUUCUCACUGAAAUGAUGAAACUGUGUUUUGAGUUUGUAAAUAAAAUUUGUUGCUCUAGUGAAACAGUCAAAAGACUGUAAAAUUACCUGUUUUGAAAAUAGCAUUUUUAAAUUUUGUGCUUCAGCCCCUACUUUACGGGUGCUGGUAUAAUGCUGCGUUCGAGUUACCUGGGAAGUCAGAAGUCCAAGCUGAAAAUGACGUCACUCCCUAGUUACCAGCGUUUCAGUUACCAAGGCAGAAAAAAGCAAAAUCAGAAGCGGAAACAAGAUGGCUGCAUCUACAACAGUUAGCUAGCGCUUGCCUUGUUCGAAUAUUAGGCAAGCACUAACUAACUUUCGUAGAUGUAGCCAUCUUGUUUCCGCUUCUGAUUAUGCUUUUUUCCGACCAGCUUUUCCUUGGGUGUGACGUCAUUUUCAGCUCCGACAUCUGACUUCUUAGGUAACUGAAACGCACCAAAAGUCUCUGUAGUUUGUUGCAACUAGGAAUGCAUUUUUCAUACAUGUACAAAAUAGGCGGCAGUAGUCACAUCAUACUUUGUGUCAUGUGAAGUCCACCCACCUUAUCGCAGGUGGUUGAAACGCUCUACAGACUCAGAUGGAUCCUCCACCUUUCCCGAUAUUUCAGCACAAGAAUAGCUUUUUUGUUCUGGUAUUCAGUUUAAAGUUACACCCGUCAGCUCCUUCUUCCAGCUUACCAAUGUUAUUGUACUGUCAGUUUCACAUUAAAUUGGCUUCUGUUUGCAAAGGCCACCUUUUUUGUGGGUCUCUGGUCAUGAAGUAGUACUGGAGCUCUGUGCUGUUUAAUCAAAAUAUCCAUAACUGUGUUCCAUUUUUAAUGAUUAGGGUUGAAAUGUGAAAAGAUCUGAGUACAAAGUCGAAACGACCAAAAUAAGCUGAAGAAAUGGAAAAUAAAAAUUAAAAGAUGAAAGUUAAUGUUGGUGCCCCGGGUAACGAAUCCAAAAUUUUAAUCAAUUCUUUGUACCUCUGGCUGGAUUAACCUUGCCCAUGUUGGUAAUUUCAGUUUUAUGUAAUCAGUUAAAAUGGUUUUUGCUUUUUGUUUGUUUCAAUUACUUUAUGAUCAUAAAAAAAAGAGAGGCGCUAUUUUAGUAAAAGAAAAAUCUUUGAGCGUCUUUAAGGUACAGACCUUGUCAAUGAACCAUCGGGGAGGAAAACAACAAAAAACGUCCAACAAAAUAACAGUUCUUUGUAAUCAAGGGAAGUGUCAAACUCCUUGUGAUAUUGAUCGCUCUAAUCUCGCUCUUCGCUUCAAAACAGCACUCUUCAGCGGAAACACUUUUCCUUUCUUAGAAAUGUUUAUCCUGAAUGAAAUGAAUUUCUUGCCAAGUGUAAGUUGGAUUACAGUUUGGCUGAGCUGCUGUUUCUGUCCCGCAGAUUCCAUGCAGAACGUGCCAUAGACAUCAUCACUCACAUUCUGCCUGAGGACCAUCUGCUGCUGGCCUCCUCUAAGAGAGUCAAAGGUAAGACACGUUUCUAAAGACAGUGCCAACUGUGUGAAGGGUUCAGUGGGGAAUAUUUGGCAGGCACUCUCUACCUAAAAGAGUCGCUCGACAUUAAUUUUAUGUAACCUUUAUAACUUCCUGUUACAAAACAUUUUGGAAUUGUUCCACUAGAUUGCUUCACUGUGCGUAAAUAAUCAAUAAUGGUUGCAACACAAUCCAAGCAUGUCAACCAAAAUGGCUUUUUUGGUACCAGCAGACUCUGCUUGUUGUUGUCCAAACAGUGAGCAGGUGGUCAGGCACUGGUAUAAAGGCUGGUACAAAUGACAUGAUGGGGGCUUGACUAAGGUCUAAAAUUGGCUUCAUCUUUGUUCAGCUCUAAUCCUGGAGGAAAUUGCCAUUGACUGCCACAAUAAGGAGACAGAGGAACGCCUCCUUCAGGAGGCCCACGACCUCCACCUCUCCUCUCUGCAGCUCGCAAAGAAGGCCUUUGGAGAGUUCAACGUACAGACAGCAAAACACUACGGCAACCUCGGCCGACUCUACCAGUCCAUGAGGAAGUUUAAGGUACGAAAGGGUGAUCUGUCAUCUGUCUCUUUUGGUUUAUAUCAUGACGUGAUUCCAGUACUGUAAAUUAGAUUACAUUAUCCAAAAUGUUGGUGUCAGCCUUUACAAGCUAAAAGAGUUCAUCCUUAUAAGCAGAAAUAAGGAGGGGCAAAACAAGAGUUCUUUAAUGUCACAAGUUUAAUCAUACAUCUCAAGAACUGUCAUUCUGCCAUCUGACAGAAGCAAAAGUCGCUGAGACGUUCGAUUGAAAAAGUCUUGAUACCAUAAAAACCUGCCAGAAGCCUCCACUUCAGUCUUUUCAUGACAUACUAAAAAAUAAAGCCUCAACCAUAUUUCUGCAAACGCCUAACAUUUCUACAAAUUGAGAAGGAAUAUAUUCCAUGACAAUCAAAUGUUGUCUCGUGCUGCCAAGAAGAUGAUACCUUAGAGAGAUAAUCUACUUCAUUUCACUGUCAUGAGGAACUUUUUGUCUUGCGUGUGAUCCUGGUCUCUGUCUUUGUGUUUGAUUUUUGUCUGUUUUUCGGGGCGCCCUCGUAUUCAGGAGGCAGAGGAGAUGCACAUCAAAGCCAUCCAGAUCAAGGAGCAGCUCCUGGGUCACGAGGACUACGAGGUGGCUCUGUCCGUGGGCCACCUGGCCUCCCUCUACAACUACGACAUGAACCAGUAUGACGAUGCAGAGAGGCUCUACCUGCGCUCCAUCGCAAUUGGUCAGACACAGGGAUUACUUAUGCUUUGUCUGGUCUAUAUGGAAUAAAUACUCAGAUUAUGUUCUCUUUACUUUAAGCAGGUUUUGUUACAGAAUACAGCUAAUUCUUCCAAAAGUAAACCUGUUUCUAGAUACCAGGAAGUCUGUGAGAAAUCCUCUGAGAGCUGACUAACCUUCAAACAUUUCCUGUUUCGCGUGUAGUCCCAAAUUCUUCCCUUGUCUGCAAGUAAAAACACAGCACUGAGCAAAAGAUGGAAGCUGAGUCAGACCUUUGUGCCUUGUUGAUUCUAGCUUGUAAUAAUCAGUGUCUGACCAAAGCAGAUUCAGAGGCAGCCUUGUCCAGGUGCAUGCAUAUAGAGGGUAUGAACCAUUACCUUUAUAAAACAUAGCCUCAGACAUUACUCACAAGUGGUCUGUCAUUCAAAGCACUUGUGCCCUAAUCUGAACAUCCUGAAGAUUGAGUUAAAUAUAAAAAAUUACCACCCUAUAAUGUGUGCAGAUGACGAAAUUAGUAUUCACUUUUGAGGUUGUGAAUGUGUUUAUUCUUGUUGUAUAUUUGCUUUUUUGAAUGAAUCUGAAAGUGGCCUCUGGGGCUUUCGCAGACCAGCAAACAGCAUGAAGUACCACACUCACAACCGCGAGAGAUUUCUGACUGAAAAACUAUGAAGCAAGAUGAAAGAGAAAAAUCUGACCUGAGGAUUUUUCCAGUGUCACAAAGGUGUCUCUUUACUAAGAUACUAGAGUGCCAUGCUAACCCAGCUGGUUCAGCUUUUAAAAGGCUGUAAAGGACUGGUCUUCCAAUAAUUAUGAUAUGACAGUAUUGUCUGUGAGCAAUUUACAUUUUAAGCUAAACUGUUUGUACUUGAAAACUUCAAUAUAACAUUGACAGUGCUGCAGGAUGAAGCUGUGCAGUUACAGUUACUCAUACUAUAUGCAUCACUUUAAAGAGACUCCACAUUCAGUUGGUUAUAAAUAUCAUCUGAUUCCCCUCCAGUCUCUUGACUGACAUUUUUACCCGUUUGCUUAAAAUAAACACUUAAAAUUCUUGCAGAUUAUCCAAACAGUGAAUGAUAACAGCUCCUUAAGCAGACGUUUUCUCAGUACCUGCUGUUAUACAGUAAAGUUGAGUUUGAGAGCUGUACUGCGUGUAGCUGUUGGAUUAAAGGUGAAGGAGAGGCGACAACUGCCUAUUAAAGGGUAACAUUGCUGUCUGUCAUUGUUGUAAUGCAAUAAUAGUAUAUACUGUAAAUUGAACUCUCUUUUCUUGUCUUAUAAAUCAGGUGUAUACAUAAAAGUCAGGAAAUCUUUACCCAGCUAUAGUGAACCUCAGUUGUAUUAAGGCAGAGCACUGAAAACAAAGCACGCAAAAUUAGCUUAUUUUAUGUCCUAAAAUCAACAUUAACAAUAAACCCAUUUGGGCUCAAAAGAAUUGGUUGACCUUGACUGUGGUUGCAUGAUUGCUGACAUGGCAUGUGAUGUUUCCUGUCUCCUCACAGGUAAAAAGCUAUUUGGGGAGGGCUACAGCGGGCUGGAGUACGACUACAGGGGCCUCAUCAAACUCUACAACUCAGUGGGAAACUACGAGAAGGUUUUUGAAUACCACAACGUACUUUCCAACUGGAACCGACUGAGGGACCGGCAGUUUGCUGUGGCAGACGCCCUGGAGGAUGUCAACACUACACCACAGCAAACCCAGGAGGUGGUACAAGCUUUCUUACUGGCUCAGAGCCUGGGCCCUACCCGCCCCUGUCUCGGCUGAUUUUAUGAGGGAAGAGAGGAACAUUAAAAAAAAAAAACACACACACAGGGGCUCUGAGGAGGACAGUGAUGAGCCUAAAUGUGAUGCUCCAGUUGCACACAGUAAAUAAGUAACACAGUUAAUACAAGGAUCACCCUCAAGUCAGCUGCCAGUACACACACAGACACACACACACAGACAUACACACACAUUUAGUUGUGGAUUUUAAAGCUAGAGAAGACACCGCUAUUGAACCUCAUCAACACCCUCAUGAACCACCAAGAUGCGACUGCUGACUGGACGCCGCUUCACCCCACAGAGCAGACUGAUGCAUUUCUCUAAGAGAAAAAGGAAAAAACGACUGAGGGGGGGGUAUCAGAAAAAAGAAAAGAAACCUCAAAACGUCCUGUAAGGAUGACUUAUGACCUCUCCUCUUCUUGUGUCUCGCUCGCCUUUUUCUUUCAGUUUGGUUUAUUUUAUUUUUAUUUUUAUUUUUAUUUUUUGGGGGGGAGGGGAGGGGGGGCUUUUUUAUUUGGACCAGUGUAGCUCUGAAUGCCAUGAGACUCAUCGCAGAUCUAAACCAUGUUCUCCAGGGCUCCGUACACAACAGUAUCUGAACCACACGCGUCUGUGAAAAACAUCUCAACCUGCAUCCAUCAGCGUCAUCACUAUGUGGAUCAGAGAUGGAAAAUGUUGGAUAUUUUUUGACACUUGUACAGUGAAACAGUACAGUAGAUUGUACACUUCAGUUUCAAGUGAAGGCUUCUUUUUUUCUUUGCAAAGGAAUGAAAGAGUACUCUAAGAAAACUUCUCAGUGGAGAGAUUACAAAUAGAGGAAUGUGCUGAACCAGUGGGUUUAUUGUUACACACACACAUUACAUUUUAUUUUAUCUCUUUUUCCAGCAUAGUACUGAUCUAGAAUAAUUAAAAAUGCCAAUAAUUUAUAUGCAAAAGUGUAUGUUAUGUAGCCCUUUUGUUUAUGCUUUCUUACUGAGUGGGCCACGAACGCUGAAGAAGCUGAACAACACUAUCACAAUAAAACAAGGAGGGGAAGAGGAAGAUACCACAUGCUCAGAGGUCAUAGUUUUGUUUUUCUCGUCUUUUAGGGGAAUUCUGGUAUUUAAACUUGGGCCUUGCCAUUACUUAGUUCCAAGUUCAGAAGAGGGGAGUUGCUGAAUUAGAUUGCUUCAGCUCACAGCCUGGAGGCAGCAUUGUAAACUUUUUAGAAAAAUGCACCUCAUUUUAGUAUAUCUGGUAUUAUUGUUUCCCUGGCUGACAAAUGCAGAUUUUGUUCAGCUGAUUCAAAUUUCAUUCAGUGGAAACAAUAUAGAUUGGUUUCCUUAAAGGUUUUUUUUUUUAAACAAAUACAGGUGAAAUUUCUCUCCCAGUAGCUACCAGGCCUCAUUGACUGAAGAAGCACUCUAACUUUUGCAAAACAUGAACCUCCUGGUCUACUUCUGCUUCAGUCAGUCAGUCAGCUUUUAUACUGUUGUGUCCUAAAAAGCGUUGCUUGAAUCUUGUUGAACUAUACAAAACACCUCAGUUAAUCGAUAACAAGCAAAGCAGCUAAUAAUAGGAGCAGAGGACCAGCAGCUCCUGUGUUUUGUGAGGUAAAAAUACAUUUGAGGCUCUCACACAUGUGCAUAAAGCUCCUGAAAAAUGUCCCGACUUUAUUCAGGUCGUUUGCAGUCAGCCUCCUUGCAAAAGUUGAUGAGGGUUUUUUCUGUUUCCUCUCCUCUACUGCGAUGAUAUGGAAGAAAUCGCUUCACUCGUCUUCUGGGCUGUCAAUUGUGAUAUCAAAUGAGUUGAUUAGAAAUAAACUCAGAAAAAAUGACUCUUGUACUUACACUUAGCAUGAAUUUGAACCAACCUUGAAGCUAACAGAAAACACCUUUCAAAAUGAUAUUUUUCAUUCUACCCAUCUGUUAACAUGGAGAGGUUAGUGGGCUUUGUAACUGGUCAGGCAGCUGGACACUAGGGGGAGCUGUAAAUGUGAACUAAAGGAGCAGUUGAUUUGUCAUUCACAGUCAGUGGUUGCAACAACUGGCUAAAGUAAUCUAUGAUGGUGAAUCCAAAACUUUUACGUUUUGACUUUGAAGGAUACAAAAUUAUAAACCCAAGUUUAAAAACUGCAGAAUUCCCCUUUAAAGACGACUUGUAUGUGUGAGUGAGAGUAAACACAGAUAAAACUCUGGGUGCCCGAGUGCUCCACUGAUAAUGAUCAGCCUUACACCAGCCUGCAGUUAUCUGUCUGUAGACGGACCCAUAUUUCUAAGUGCUAAUUAAACUGUUAAACCCUUAAGGGCACUGCAAUGGGGACCAAUAUUGUAUAUUUGAGUGUGUGAGUGUGAAUGUUAGUCUGUCAAACGUGUGCAUCUGGUAUUUUCCUCUCCACUCCUCCUUGUAAGAUGUCCCGUCAGAGCAAGGAUCUAGAUAUUUCCGCUUUUACUGGACUUUGUUUUUCCAUCCCCUCCAUCAGAUUGAAUGUUUCUUUGCCAGAUCUCAUCAGGCGUUUCUCUAAAGAGCUGCAUGUCACCACAAUGAACCUGUAACGUGUGUUUUAGAGUUUGAAUACUCUGAUUCUUACUGAGCAAAGAUAAUGUUUCACUGACAGCUUUUGGUCUCUGUACUCUACACAUUUCAGGGAUAAGAUCACUUGAAUUACAAGAUAUCUUUUCUGAACUUUAGACUUUAUUUUCUUUUGAAUAUUACCAAAUGAAGAGUCUGAGAAGUAACAUUUUCAAGUUUUACACAAACACCAAAAAUCACAAACACAGGACCUAAAAAAUAAACUUAACAUGUAACCUCAAAUAUAUUUUUGACUGUUUUGAAUUGACUCACAUAUUUUAGUUUUACAAGAGUGAAAAUUAUGCCAAAGAAUCCAAGUAGAAGGAUGCAGUAUUUGGAUAUCAUACAAAAACAGUAAUAUUAGUAUGCUACAUAGUUUAUCCUCAUUCAUUUCAAGAGUUUUAAACAACCAUGAAGAGGUGAAAAUACACAGUAUAGUAAAAAAUACACAGUUUAAUGAAGUGGGUCAAUGAUCCUUGAAUUUUCUACCUUGCUAGGGCCCAGAACCAAAGUUUGGGCACCUUGCUCCAGUUUUGCAGAUACUCCAGGUUCAAUCUGUGAGCUUUGAUCUUAUUUGGUAAAAUAGCCCUUAAGAAAACUUGGACAAGGAUUGCUGUUGCCCUGUUGAUUUUUUUUUCAAAAAUUGUAUUUGCAGCGUUUCCCGAAGCAGCAAAGAUGUCAGAGGGCGUUUUUGACCUUGAAGAGUUGAGCACAUAAAUUUAGGUGUGAUAUGCAGCUCUGUAGAGAAACUGCUGAGAGUUUGCUCUGAUGUGAAAUGUAAAAACAGAGUCUGGCUUCAAAAUAAGUUGAAGGAAUAACCUGCAACACCUCUGGAAAUGCAAUGCCUUCGAGAAGCCUCCCACUGUUGUUUCUGUUGAUUUAAAGUGAAUGAGGAAAACGAGCUUUGCCUUGCUGAUGCUUCAGUGCUGUCGGACGUCUCCCUCUCUAGCAGUGGUGUGAGUGGCUCUAGAUGAGGAGGUCCAGCCUUAGCCCCCCCUUACACGGACGCUCAGCGACACUCUUGGUGCUUUGGCUUCAACAGGCACACCCUCCCACCCCUCCCCAUCCUCCUCCAGAGCAGUUUUUCUAGGCAUACUAGGAAGUGAAUGUUAUGAUCCUUAUUCUAAAAGAAAACUGAUAAACAAAAAUGCUUGUGCUCUUUUCCUACGGUAAUUGCAGAAUUUAAGAAGAAAAAAAAAAUCUUUAAGAUGCUCCUGCACUGAAGUUUAUUUAAAGGACACACCCCAACCUGCUGCAAUGCAUUAUGGCCUGUUAGGGCUACUGUCUUUUAAGCGUUUUCUGCUCCCUCUGCAAUAGAACCACCACUGAAAGCUAGAGUGAUCGCUCUUUUCUAUGGGUUUCUCUGUUUAGAAAAUAAGAGAAACCUUCAUUCAAACUGAAUGUUUUUGUCAAAGGAGUUUGGUGGCAUCACAGCCAAGCAAUAUCUGUUUUUGGUUGAGUGAAAACAAACUUUCUGUAAUGUUGUAAUGAAGGCAGAAUAACGAUAUACCAGCAAAAAGAAGAGAUCUUUCAAGACAUACUUAAAAUAAAUGGAUGCACUCGCCCAGAGUGAUUCUGUUGCAGCUAUUACAGCCCCUUUUACAGCAGGUUGAAAUAAGCCACUGGAGCGCCCCCAAAACAGUAACCCAGAGUUACAUGAAGUACCUAAAAAUGUCCUUUAUUUAAAGUCAGUGUUGGAGUAUUUUAGGGUGUUUUUUUUUAUUCUUUUAACGAUAACCCUCAGAGGCCAGCUGACUGAAGGAAUGUAAGGCACAAGGCUGGUAACACCGCCAGGUUGUCUUUGUGUUCAAUUGAAAUCUGAAAGGGAAAAUCCACAGUGUCCAUGCCGGAGGGGUCGGGGGGGUCAAAGGUCAAGGGCUUGAUGAGAAAAGAAAGUAUGAAGUCUAAGAUAUUGAAAAAAAAAAAAAGCUGUGAUCUCUCCAACAGCCCUGUUUUUACUGUCUGAGAGUUUCUGAUGAUAGACACCAAAUGUGAUGAGGGGAUGUUUUCACUGUUGUCCUGUUACUGCUUCACUGUUAGCUGCAAAAACAUUAAAACUUAUAUCAUUGAUCACAAA